AUGUGUAUUUUAAAAUCAGCACCACCAACAAAUAUUCAAUUAGUUAGAACCUAUAGAUCUCUUCUUAGAAAAGCGAGCAAUGAAUUAAAAUAUACAAAUUUCGAAUAUUUCAGAUUAAGAUUAAACAAUUCAUUUAAAGAACCAGUUGAAGAUGAUUAUGAAAAAUUUAGAAAAUAUCAAGUAUGUUAUAUUAUUUAUUUAUUUAUUUAUUUAUUUAUUUAUUUUGUUUUUUUUUUUUUUAAAAAAUAA